ACGGACGAGGCAACCAUGUCCAAUCUCAGCAAAGGCGGCACCAAGAAGGACACCAAAAUGAGGAUACGGGCCUUUCCUAUGACAAUGGAUGAAAAGUAUGUGAACAAUAUAUGGGACCUUCUGAAGAACGCCAUACAGGAGAUACAGAGGAAGAACAAUAGCGGCCUGAGCUUUGAGGAACUUUACAGGAAUGCCUACACCAUGGUGCUCCACAAACAUGGAGAGAAGCUGUACACGGGUCUGCGGGAGGUGGUCACUGAACAUCUGAUUAAUAAAGUACGAGAAGAUGUGCUCAACUCCCUGAACAAUAACUUCCUCCAAACAUUAAACCAAGCUUGGAAUGACCAUCAGACUGCAAUGGUGAUGAUCAGGGACAUCCUGAUGUACAUGGACCGAGUGUAUGUGCAACAGAAUAAUGUGGAGAAUGUGUACAACUUGGGUCUCAUCAUAUUCAGAGAUCAGGUUGUCCGUUAUGGCUGUAUCAGAGACCACCUUCGACAAACACUGUUGGACAUGAUCGCACGUGAAAGAAAAGGAGAGGUGGUGGACAGGGGCGCCAUCAGAAAUGCCUGCCAAAUGUUGAUGAUCCUCGGUCUUGAAGGCAGAUCAGUUUAUGAGGAGGACUUUGAAGCACCUUUCUUGGAAAUGUCAGCAGAGUUUUUCCAGAUGGAAAGCCAGAAGUUCCUAGCAGAAAAUAGUGCGAGUGUGUACAUAAAGAAGGUGGAAGCCCGAAUUAAUGAGGAGAUUGAGCGGGUGAUGCACUGCCUGGAUAAAUCCACAGAGGAGCCCAUUGUCAAGGUAGUGGAGCGAGAGCUCAUAUCCAAGCACAUGAAGACCAUUGUGGAGAUGGAGAACUCUGGUCUGGUUCACAUGUUAAAGAAUGGCAAGACAGAUGAUCUGGCAUGUAUGUACAAGCUGUUCAGUCGGGUUCCCAACGGACUGAAGACCAUGUGCGAGUGUAUGAGCUCAUACCUUCGGGAGCAAGGCAAGGCUCUCGUGUCAGAGGAGGGAGAAGGGAAGAACCCUGUGGACUACAUUCAGGGCCUGCUGGACCUGAAGUUGCGUUUUGACCGUUUCCUUCAGGAAUCUUUCAAUAACGACCGCCUCUUCAAACAAACUAUCGCUGGCGACUUUGAGUACUUUCUCAACCUCAACUCGCGCUCGCCCGAGUAUCUCUCGCUGUUCAUUGAUGACAAGCUCAAGAAAGGUGUCAAAGGGCUGACAGAACAAGAAGUGGAGUCCAUCCUGGACAAAGCCAUGGUGCUGUUCCGCUUCAUGCAAGAGAAGGAUGUGUUCGAGAGGUAUUACAAGCAACAUCUGGCCCGCAGGCUGCUCACCAACAAGAGUGUCUCAGAUGACUCGGAGAAGAACAUGAUUUCCAAACUUAAGACUGAGUGCGGCUGUCAGUUCACGUCGAAACUGGAAGGCAUGUUCCGAGAUAUGAGCAUCUCCAACACCACAAUGGAUGAGUUUCGACAACAUCUGCAGACCACUGGAGUGUCUCUCGGCGGUGUCGAUCUGACUGUGAGAGUAUUGACGACCGGUUAUUGGCCGACACAGUCGGCAACCCCCAAAUGCAACAUCCCACCUUCGCCGCGACAUGCGUUCGAAGUCUUUAGAAGGUUUUAUCUUGGGAAGCACAGCGGUAGACAACUAACAUUGCAGCACCACAUGGGCUCCGCAGAUUUGAACGCCACCUUCUACGGGCCCAUUAAAAAGGAGGAUGGGUCAGAGGUUGGAGUUGGAGGAGCCCAAGUAACUGGUUCCAACACCAGGAAGCACAUUUUACAGGUUUCGACCUUCCAGAUGACUAUCCUCAUGCUCUUCAACAACAGGGAGAAGUCCACAUUUGAGGAGAUCCAGCAGGAGACUGAUAUUCCAGAGCGGGAGCUAGUGCGGGCGCUACAGUCACUGGCCUGCGGGAAGCCCACUCAAAGAGUCCUUACCAAGGAGCCCAAGUCCAAGGAGAUCGAGAACGGUCACGUGUUUACAGUCAAUGACCAGUUUACCUCCAAACUGCACCGCGUCAAAAUCCAGACAGUGGCUGCUAAACAAGGGGAGUCUGACCCAGAGAGGAAAGAGACCCGACAGAAGGUGGACGACGACAGGAAGCACGAAAUCGAAGCUGCUAUUGUUCGCAUCAUGAAGUCUAGGAAGAAAAUGCAGCACAAUGUCCUAGUAGCAGAGGUCACACAGCAGUUGCGAGCACGAUUCCUCCCCAGUCCUGUAGUCAUUAAGAAGCGAAUUGAAGGACUCAUUGAGAGGGAAUAUUUGGCACGAACGCCAGAGGACCGCAAAGUAUACACCUACGUAGCGUAAAAGACGUGAAUUCAGUGCACCGUAGAGUCGGGGAGAAACAGCGAGCCUUGUUUUUGUGGACUGCUAUGCGUUUGAUGAACUUGGAAGUGCUCUCAUCGUUGAUUCUGGGAUACACUGGGAAGUUAAACUUUUCUUCCAUAAAAAAUGUUAGGAAAAUAAAUCAUGCAAAAAGAUGGGGAAGUUUUCUAGCAAUAUUAGAUUUCUUCUGCUAACAAAUGACCGGAAGGUCUAGUUUUGUACAAAAAUGUUUCUUGUGGCCUUUGGAGAUGAUUGCGAGAGGCUUUUUGGUUGAAAUGUUGAAGGAGAUGGUUACGAAGCAGACAUGUGGCUACACGGAGACUUAAGAAAACUUUAGAAUUCACACCCCUGUUUUAAUUGUUGAUGUCUGUGUUAUGUUUGUGUUUUGUGGCACAACAAUGGCUGUACAGACACACUUUCCCCUCUCUGAGGAGGUGAAAGAAGGCGGUCAAAUUCACUUGGAGUACUUGAAGAAUUUUGACGAGUGCUUAACUUAUUUUGCAAACCUGUCUGUUUUUGAGGUUGUUUAAUGCCAGAAAAUAAUCGACUGCACCUCCUAUACUGUUCAAAUGCCAUUGUCACAAUAUUUUCAGAGGCUUAAACCAUCACACAUUUAUCAAACAGCUCCUUUGUAGGAAUACGACAAAUAACGGAAGCCCAAUAGACAUUUUGGUCCAUCACGACGUUUGAACUCAGGCCUGUAUGAGUGACCACAAAAUGGCGGCUGCUCUCAGAAUGGCUACAUCACUGUGGUGCAGGUUUCAAUGAGGAUUUUUUUUUUGUUCAUUCUUGGUUGCAUUUUGAAUGGGUGAAACCUAACUAGCACCAUGUUCUAAUGUGUACAAAUUGUAAAAUAAUUAUUGUACUCACUGCGAAGGUGGAUUGUACAGGGCCUUGUUUUCAUCAUAAUAAAUGUAGAGUUAAAAGGAUGUUUUUUUUUUUUUCUUCUAUCAAAAAGGCCUGAGCAAAUUUCUCUGGCACAAUUAUAUGAAGCUAAGCAAACCCCAGCCUUUGUUAUUGCACAAAUGUACAACUAAAUUGAGGAGCUCCUUACAGUGCAAAAUGGUAAAAAAAACA